GCUCUGCUGCCGGGGCCAUCUGGCUGGUGCGCCUGAGCAGAGGCUGACUUCUGUGUCUCGGCGCGUGGCUGUGGGGACAGGCACAGCUCGGCUUUGUGUGGCGGCCGGUGCCCGGCGCAGCUGCCGGCCAUGCCUGCUGCCUGCCUCCUCCUGCUGGUGCUCCCUGCCGUGGCGGGGGCCGUGGGCAGCAGCAGGCCCUUCCCUGCCUUCUUGGUGACAGACACUACGCUCACCCACCUGGCCGUGCACCGGGUCACCGGGGAGGUGUUCGUGGGUGCAGUGAACCGCGUCUUCAAGCUGGCCCCCAACCUGACCGAGCUGCGGGCCCACGUCACGGGGCCCGUGGAGGACAAUGCCCGCUGUUACCCGCCCCCCAGCAUGCGCGUGUGUGCCCACCGCCUGGCACCUGUGGACAACGUGAACAAGCUGCUGCUCAUUGACUACGCGGCCCGCCGCCUGGUGGCCUGCGGCAGCAUCUGGCAGGGCAUCUGCCAGUUCCUGCGCCUCGAUGACCUCUUCAAGCUGGGGGAGCCCCACCACCGCAAGGAACACUACCUGUCAGGGGCUCAGGAGCCGGACUCCAUGGCCGGGGUCAUUGUGGAGCAGGGCCAGGGGCCCAGCAAGCUGUUCGUGGGCACGGCCGUGGACGGCAAGUCGGAGUACUUCCCCACCCUCAGCUCCCGCAAGCUCAUCAGCGACGAGGACAGCGCCGACAUGUUCAGUCUGGUGUACCAGGACGAGUUUGUCUCCUCGCAGAUCAAGAUCCCCUCGGACACGCUGUCCUUGUACCCCGCCUUCGACAUCUACUACAUCUAUGGCUUCGUGAGCGCCUCCUUCGUGUACUUCCUGACGCUGCAGCUGGACACGCAGCAGACGCUGCUGGACACGGCGGGCGAGAAGUUCUUCACGUCCAAGAUCGUGCGCAUGUGCGCUGGGGACUCGGAGUUCUACUCUUACGUCGAGUUCCCCAUCGGCUGCUCCUGGCGGGGCGUGGAAUACCGCCUGGUGCAGAGUGCCCACCUGGCCAAGCCCGGCGUGCUGCUGGCCCAGGACCUGGGGGUGCCGCCCGACGAGGACGUCCUCUUCACCGUCUUCUCUCAGGGCCAGAAGAACCGGGCCAGCCCGCCGCGGCAGACCAUCCUCUGCCUCUUUACCCUCAGCAACAUCAACGCGCACAUCCGGCGCCGCAUCCAGUCCUGCUACCGCGGGGAAGGCACGCUGGCCCUGCCCUGGCUGCUGAACAAGGAGCUGCCCUGCAUCAAUACUCCCAUGCAGAUAAAUGGAAACUUCUGCGGGCUGGUGUUGAACCAGCCCCUGGGUGGCCUGCAUGUGAUCGAGGGGCUGCCCCUGCUGGCCGACAGCAGUGACGGCAUGGCCAGCGUGGCUGCCUACACCUACCGCCAGCACUCCGUGGUCUUCAUCGGCACUCGCAACGGCAGUCUGAAGAAGGUCCGGGUUGAUGGCUCCCAGUAUGCCCACCUCUACGAGACGGUGCCUGUGGUGGAUGGCAGCCCCAUUCUCCGAGACCUGCUCUUUAGCCCUGACCACCGGCACAUCUACCUCCUGAGUGAGAAGCAGGUGAGCCAGCUCCCGGUGGAGACCUGCGAGCAGUACGCGAGCUGCGCAGCCUGCCUCGGCUCCGGGGACCCCCACUGCGGCUGGUGUGUGCUGCAGCACAGGUGCUGCCGCCAAGGGGCUUGUCCGGGCGCCUCCGCCCCCCACGGCUUUGCCGAGGAGCUGAGCAAGUGUGUCCAGGUGCGGGUCCGGCCUAACAACGUUUCGGUGACAUCCCCCGGGGUGCAGCUGACGCUGGCCAUGCGCAACGUGCCAGACCUCCGCGCCGGUGUGAGCUGUGCCUUUGAGGAGGCGACGCCGAGCGAGGCCGUCCUGCUGCCCUCCGGGGAGCUGCAGUGCCCCUCGCCGUCCCCGCAGGAGCUCCGGGCGCUCACCCGGGGGCACGGGGCCACGCGCACCGUGCGGCUGCGGCUGCUCUCCAGGGAGACUGGCGUGAAGUUCGCCGGCGUGGACUUCGUCCUCUACAACUGCAGCGCGCUCCAGUCGUGCAUGUCCUGCGUUAGCAGCCCUUACCCCUGCCACUGGUGUAAGUACCGCCACGUGUGUACCAGCCACCCCCACGAGUGCUCCUUCCAGGAGGGCAGGGUCCACAGCCCUGAGGGCUGCCCUGAGAUCCUGCCCAGCGGGGACCUCCUGAUCCCGGUGGGCGUCAUGCAGCCCCUCACCCUGCGGGCCAAGAACCUGCCGCAGCCCCAGUCGGGCCAGAAGAACUACGAGUGCGUGGUCCGGGUGCAGGGGCGCCAGCAGCGGGUGCCCGCCGUGCGCUUCAACAGCAGCAGCGUGCAGUGCCAGAACGCCUCGUACUCCUAUGAGGGCGACGAGUACGGUGACACCGAGCUGGACUUCUCUGUGGUCUGGGACGGGGACUUCCCCAUCGACAAGCCUGCCACCUUCCGAGCUCUCCUGUAUAAGUGCUGGGCGCAGCGGCCCAGCUGCGGCCUCUGCCUCAAGGCCGACCCUCGCUUCAACUGCGGCUGGUGCGUCUCGGAGCACAGGUGCCAGCUGCGGGCCCACUGCCCGGCGCCCAAGACCAACUGGAUGCACCCGAGCCAGAAGGGCACCCGCUGCAGCCACCCCCGCAUCGCCCAGAUCCACCCGCUCAUGGGCCCCAAGGAGGGAGGCACGCGGGUCACCAUCGUGGGCGAGAACCUGGGCCUCAGCUACCGCGAGGUGGGCCUGCGGGUGGCAGGCGUGCGCUGCAACUCCAUCCCCUCUGAGUACGUCAGCGCCGAAAGGAUCGUGUGUGAGAUGGAGGAGUCGCUGGUGCCCAGCCCGCCGCCAGGGCCUGCGGAGCUCUGUGUGGGCGACUGUUCCGCUGACUUCCGGACGCAGUCCGAGCAGCUCUACAGCUUUGUGACCCCAGCAUUUGACCGCGUGAGUCCCAGUCGGGGCCCGGCGUCCGGGGGCACACGGCUCACCAUCUCCGGGAGCUCUCUGGAUGCCGGCAGCAGGGUCAUGGUGACUGUGAGAGAUGGCGAGUGCCAGUUUGUGAGGAGAGACGCGGAGGCAAUCGUGUGUAUCUCGCCCGUGUCCACCCUGGGCCCCAGCCAGGCCCCCAUCACCCUGGCCAUCGACCGCGCCAACAUCUCCAGCCCUGGAGUCCUCUACACCUACACCCAGGACCCCACUGUCACUCGCCUUGAGCCUACCUGGAGCAUAAUCAAUGGAAGCACUGCCAUCACCGUGAGCGGGACCCACCUGCUGACAGUCCAGGAGCCCCGGGUCCGGGCCAAGUACCGGGGCAUCGAGACCAUCAACACAUGCCAGGUGAUCAACGACACUGCCAUGCUCUGUAAGGCCCCCGGCAUCUUCCUGGGGCGGCCCCAGCCCCAGGCCCAGGGUGAACACCCGGACGAGUUUGGCUUCCUGCUGGAUCACGUGCAGACAGCCCGCUCCCUGAACCGGUCCUCCUUUACCUACUACCCUGACCCCAGCUUUGAGCCACUUGGGCCCUCUGGUGUCCUGGACGUCAAGCCUGGCUCCCACGUAGUGUUGAAGGGCAAGAAUCUGAUCCCCGCGGCAGCUGGCAGUUCCCGCCUCAACUACACGGUGCUGAUCGGGGGCCAGCCCUGCGCGCUCACCGUCUCCGACACGCAGCUCCUGUGCGACUCACCGAGCCAGACGGGCCGGCAGCCUGUCAUGGUGCUGGUAGGCGGCCUGGAGUUCUGGCUGGGAACCCUGCACAUCACGGCGGACCGGGCGCUGACCCUGCCGGCCACGGUGGGCCUGGCGGCGGGCGGCGGCCUCCUGCUGCUGGCCAUCGCCGCCGUGCUGGUGGCCUAUAAGCGGAAGACGCAGGAUGCCGACCGCACGCUCAAGCGGCUUCAGCUCCAGAUGGACAACCUGGAGUCCCGCGUGGCUCUGGAAUGCAAGGAAGGUGCCUGGCACGGGGGAGGGUGCAGGGCGGGGGGCCCGGGGCCCCGUCCUGCUCUGCUCACUCUCCCUCCUUGCCCCUCCACAGCCUUUGCUGAGCUGCAGACGGAUAUCCACGAGCUGACAAGCCACAUGGACGGGGUGCAGAUCCCUUUCCUGGACUACCGGACGUACGCCGUGCGCGUGCUCUUCCCGGGCAUCGAGGCCCAUCCGGUGCUCAAGGAGCUGGAUACGCCCCCCAACGUCGAGAAGGCCCUGCGCCUCUUCGGGCAGCUGCUGCACAGCCGCGCCUUCGUGCUCACCUUCAUCCACACGCUGGAGGCCCAGAGCAGCUUCUCCAUGCGGGACCGCGGCACCGUGGCCUCCCUCACCAUGGUGGUCCUGCAGAGUCGCCUCGAUUACGCCACUGGGCUGCUCAAGCAGCUGCUGGCCGACCUCAUAGAGAAAAACCUGCAGAGCAAGAACCACCCGAAGUUGCUGCUGCGCAGGACCGAGUCGGUGGCCGAGAAGAUGCUUACCAACUGGUUCACGUUCCUGCUGCACAAGUUUCUGAAGGAGUGCGCCGGAGAGCCGCUUUUCCUGCUCUACUGCGCCAUCAAACAGCAGAUGGAGAAGGGCCCCAUUGAUGCCAUCACGGGCGAGGCCCGCUACUCCCUGAGCGAGGAUAAGCUCAUUCGGCAGCAGAUCGACUAUAAGACACUGACCCUGCACUGCGUGUUCCCGGAGGGCGAGAGCAGCGCGCAGGUCCCAGUGAAGGUGCUCAACUGUGACAGCAUCACCCAAGCCAAAGAUAAGCUGCUGGACGCUGUGUACAAGGGCCUCCCGUACUCCCAGCGCCCCAAAGCCGAGGACAUGGACCUAGAGUGGCGUCAGGGUCGCAUGGCCCGCAUCAUCCUGCAGGACGAAGAUGUCACCACCAAGAUCGAGUGUGACUGGAAGAGGGUCAACUCAUUGGCUCACUACCAGGUGACAGACGGUUCCUUGGUGGCGCUGGUGCCCAAACAGGUGUCCGCCUAUAACAUGGCCAACUCCUUCACCUUUACACGCUCGCUCAGCCGCUAUGAGAGCUUGCUGCGCACGGCCAGCAGCCCCGACAGCCUCCGUUCUCGGGCACCCAUGAUCACGCCCGACCAGGAAACGGGCACCAAGCUGUGGCACCUGGUGAAGAACCACGACCACGCCGACCACCGCGAGGGGGACCGUGGCAGCAAGAUGGUCUCGGAGAUCUACCUGACACGGCUGCUGGCCACCAAGGGCACGCUGCAGAAGUUUGUGGAUGACCUCUUUGAGACGGUGUUCAGCACGGCGCACCGCGGCUCGGCCCUGCCCCUGGCCAUCAAGUACAUGUUCGACUUCCUGGACGAGCAGGCCGACCAGCGGCAGAUCAGUGACCCCGACGUGCGCCACACCUGGAAGAGCAACUGCCUGCCCCUGCGCUUCUGGGUGAACGUGAUCAAGAACCCGCAGUUCGUGUUCGACAUCCACAAGAGCAGCAUCACGGACGCCUGCCUGUCUGUGGUGGCCCAGACGUUCAUGGACUCCUGCUCCACGUCGGAGCACCGCCUGGGCAAGGACUCGCCAUCCAACAAGCUGCUCUACGCCAAGGACAUCCCCAACUACAAGAGCUGGGUGGAGAGGUACUACCGGGACAUCGCGAAGAUGGCAUCCAUCAGCGACCAGGACAUGGACGCCUACCUGGUGGAGCAGUCCCGUCUCCACGCCAGUGACUUCAACAUCCUAAGCGCGCUCAGCGAACUCUACUUCUACGUCACCAAGUACCGCCAGGAGGUCCUGGCGGCGCUGGACCGGGACGCCGCCUGUCGGAAGCAGAAGCUGCGCCAGAAGCUCGAGCAGAUCAUCGGGCUGGCGUCGGGCAACGGCUGACCGAGGGGGCGGCCGGCCCCGGCCCGCGGUCCUGGGCGGCCCUGGAGUGGGGCGGCGCCGGCCAACAGCCCCCGGGGACGCGCGGGCCCCUUCCUGAGUGCCUUCCUUCGGGCCCUGCGUGGGGCAGGGGGACGGGACCCAGCCCUGAGCCCCGCGGCAGCAAUACCCCCCCCCCGCUAUUUAUACCCCAGCCACCUAUUUAUUUAAUUUAUGUCCCCCCCCCCCCGCCAUCUGCGGGUGGCACCGCGGCCUCCCCUGGGUCGGCGGCAGCCUCCCGGCUCCUCCCGAGUGCUCCCCGCUACCCCUCCUCCUCCUAUGGGCCCAACGGGUGGGGGCCUGGCCGGGGGAGCAGCCCUUGGGGUGGGGGUGCAGGGCAGGGGCAGGGUGCGCUUGGGGCCCCCCGCAGCCGGGCCGCAGUGUCCCCUCCGCGCCCUGGGGGGGACCGCAUUCUGAGCACCUGCAGCCCGGGGGGCUGGCGGAGGGGCCUGAGCGGGUCUGGGGGCCCGGGUGAGCCCUCCCCUCCCCGGCCCCCCUGCCUGCACCCUCAGCCGCCCUGUGGGGGGGGGCCCCCCCGAGGCCGAGAGGGGCCGUGCCUUAGGCCUUGGCUCUCCCUCGGAGGAGGAGGAGGAGUCGGGCUGCGUGUCCUGGGCCGCAAACUGGUCCCCUCCUCGUCUCUGGCAUGAACUUUGCGUUGUUGCUGUUCGCGGAUUGUUCUCCGAAUUAAACGUCGGGAACGUGGA